UCGAUGCUCGACCUCACGCUUGUCUCACCCUCGGCGAGGUUGGCGCGGCUCGGUCCGGUGUGACCACCCCUCCACAGCUGGGUGUUUCCAUUCGAUGGGAUGUGUUUGAGGAUUUGCUCAGCUACGGACAGCUCACAACCGGCAGAGACCCGCCUUCGAUUCGCCAAGAUUCCAAUGAAGAGAGGCUGAGCAGAAGAGGACAGGGAUGUUGGUACAUCAGUUGGCAAUCUUGACUCGUGUCCAAUAUGUUGAAAAAGACUUAUAACUGAAAAUAAAAUCAGCAAGGAUGAAAUUCUGUGCAAGAUCGAUGCUCCUCCCACACUGGCUGUUGCUGGUCUCUGCACUAAUGCUUUGCUGUAGAUCUUUGACAGCUUCAAGUCACCACCCCCGGGGCCACUCAGGACAUCAGGUCAAACAGGGCACAUGUGAGGUUGUUGCUGUGCACCGGUGCUGCAAUAAGAACCGAAUUGAAGAACGGUCACAAACCGUGAAAUGUUCUUGUUUCCCAGGCCAGGUUGCUGGUACAACUCGGGCACAGCCUUCUUGCGUUGAAGCUUCUGUAGUGAUGCAAAAGUGGUGGUGCCACAUGGAUCCCUGCCUGGAAGGUGAAGAAUGCAAGGUUCUUCCAGAUCUUUCCGGAUGGUCCUGCAGCAGUGGCAACAAGGUUAAAACAACCAAGAUUAGCCCUUCAAGUCCAUUGCAACGUAUAUAGGAAUCAGAACACUUCACCUAUACCAAAUAUCUCUGUACAAAUGCUGCAUCUGUGUGGUAAUGGUGCCUGGGACAGAUCGGAAACAGUGAUGCUACGCUGGCAACCCUUCCGCUGCCUGAGGAGUGGCACACCAGGGAUUUCAGCUUAAACAUUGUACAUCUGUUGUAAUACAAGCAGAAUAUAUUGCAGAGUAUUUCCCAGUAAUGAAUGUUAUAGAUUUGGUAACAUCUGUGUUGAAUGUUCUGGAAUCACACUGAAGUAGUAACUAUUUAUUUCCCUACGCUUCAAUCUCAUUUUUGGAAGACUCUUCAUCAACCUUCAACAAAAUAUCAAUAUGUAAUUUGGAGUCUUAAAGAUACUGCUCACCAUGACUUCUUCCACAUACUACUAUUUAGGGAAACAAAUUUUGACCAUGGUAAUAAGAAAUUGUUCCUGUCAGGAUGUUUUGUAAUAACCAUUGUUGCUAGCCUUUGCGAAUAUUUUGUUUUUUCUAUUAUGGGAUUGCAGAAUAAUUUAUAGAGCUGAAAUGAGAAACAGUAAAAUCUGCAGUAAAAAAAACCCCAGAAUAUCCUGGAAGUAUAAAGCUGACAAGUCUGCUUUUGAAUUGUCCCACUUGUAACAUUAACUAUCUUUCUCCUUCAGAUGAUAACUGACCUGUUGUGCAGUUACAGCAUUUUUUACGCUUUAUAUAUGUAGCUGAGUUGCCAUUAAUGAAAAGAAAUAAUAAAUGGUUAAUCUCAUUGCAUUCCCAUUUACUAGAAGCUGCAAAAAGCACAAAUAGCUUUCAAAAGUGUUCGUGCCUUAGUCCUAUA